AUUUGUUUCAUUCUUUUCCUAAGGUUCAGAUGUGGAAAUUGCCCUGGAUGUGGUUGCUGCUGCUGCUCUGGGAAAAUGCCUUGAUAGGAAAUUAACACCAUUCAGUGAUGGGCUGUGGGACAAGCAAAGUGCUUCCCGAGCCCCCCAGAGAUGUGCAGUUAGAUCUGGUGAAAAAAGUUGAACCUUACACAGGCCACAGUGAGAUAUACAAGCAUUUCAUCAAGGAUGACUGCGGGAUCAAAGCUGGCUCUCCCUCACCUCCACAGCACGCUAACCCGUACCCUGGGAACCACUUGCCUGCCCACUUGGACCAGCCUGAGCCGCGCAAGAACAAAGUGGCUAAAUACCGUGCCAAGUUUGACCCCAGAGUGACAGCAAAGUAUGACAUUAAAGCCCUGAUUGGGAGAGGGAGUUUUAGCCGCGUUGUACGGGUGGAACACAAGGCCACCAAGCAGCCCUACGCCAUCAAGAUGAUAGAGACCAAAUACCGGGAGGGGAGGGAAGUGUGUGAGUCGGAGCUUAGUGUGCUACGCCGGGUUCGCCACACCAACAUCAUCCAGCUGAUUGAGGUGUUUGAGACCCAGGACCGUGUGUACAUGGUGAUGGAAUUGGCAACUGGAGGAGAACUGUUUGAUCGGAUCAUUGCUAAGGGCUCCUUCACUGAGAGGGAUGCUACACGUGUGCUGCAGAUGGUGUUGGAUGGUGUGAAGUAUCUGCAUACGCUGGGUAUCACGCACCGGGACUUAAAGCCAGAGAAUCUGCUGUAUUACCAUCCAGGAACAGAUUCCAAAAUCAUGAUUACAGACUUUGGGCUGGCAAGUGCUCGGAAGAAGGGAGAUGACUGCCUGAUGAAAACCACAUGUGGGACCCCAGAGUACAUUGCUCCUGAGAUCCUGGUCAGGAAGCCAUACACGAACUCUGUGGAUAUGUGGGCACUGGGUGUCAUCUCCUACAUUCUCCUCAGUGGCACUAUGCCCUUUGAAGAUGACAACCGCACCCGCUUGUAUCGGCAGAUCCUGAAAGGAAAAUACAGUUACUCAGGCGAGCCCUGGCCCAGUGUUUCCAACCUGGCCAAGGAUUUCAUCGAUCGUCUACUCACGGUGGACCCCAGUGACAGGAUGACAGCCCUUCAGGCGCUGAAGCACCCAUGGGUGGUCAGCAUGGCAGCCUCUUCCUCCAUGAAGAACCUACACCGUUCCAUCUCGCAGAACCUGCUCAAGAGGGCGUCUUCCCGCUGCCAGAGCACCAAGUCCGCCCAGUCCACCCGCUCCAGCCGCUCCACCAAAUCCAACAAGUCGCGGCGGGUUCGAGAGCGGGAGCUGCGCGAGCUCAACCUGCGCUACCAGCAGCAGUACACUGGCUGAGCACUGGGCUGGGACUUGCCAGGCAUCUUCACACAUGUCUUCUCUGCAGUGUAGGUGUGCAGCAUCCACAAACUUAAUGGGGUUCUAGGUUCCUCCUUCUCUCCCUCCAGGUGUCCCCCGCCAUGAGGAGGUGUCCUUACCAUGAGGAACCUCGUCAUGGCUAUCACCCUGCAAGCUGUGCCACAGGGGGUCUCGUGUCUGAAACGGGGGAGCCCUUGUGGAUCAGAGCACAACUCAAGAGUCUCAAGUAAUACACAAAUUAAGGAGCGACAUGGGGAGAAAAGCUCUUUCUGUAGUCCAGGAGCUUGGUUGUUCAUAGUUAUUUAUUAAUUCUAGAGCAUUAAGUUUCUCUCACUUGCAUAUAAAAAAAGAAUUACUUUAAGUGUAUGCACACACACCUUAAGUGUGUGCACAGACAGUGUGGGUGUGUAUCUGGUUUGAAAAUGAUACAUACACAGAGUUGGAGCAGGUUUAGUAGGAUCUGUGGUGCCUUGGUAGUGAGGCUGGUAUGAAUCAUAGCAUCAGAAGUAGGAUAGCUCUGAUUCACUGAUGUGCUGCCCACCAGCUCCUCGCUGAAGUGAUGCCAGUUUUCUGGGAUGUCUGGGAAGCUGUGAGGUUUCCCCAAGGGCUGCCACCCACCUCACAGCACCGAGAGAUUACUGGAGCUGCACCAGAGCUGCUGUGCAAUUUGGGAAGAAGGCUGAAGUGCUGCGAGCUCGAAGCUUAGAGUCUGGCUCCUUGGAUCUGGACAAGGGGUGCUUCUGGUGGAAGGGUGGGAAGAUGAUCAUUGUCCUGCAGGAACUUAAUGGUACAUGGAGGGAUGUCUUUGGCAAGACAGGAUUUUGGGGGGUUCCUUGCUGUUCCUCUUGAAUUAUCCCUUCCAUAUUUGCACCAAGACCAGUGCCUCCCAGGCAGGGUUUGUUCUUGCCGUGACCUACCCCUGUCGCGUGUUUUUUGCCCUUAAGACCAGCAUUACCAACCAUGUCACUUCACCAAAGCUUUAAUGGUUCCAUGUCUUGCUCUCUGUCUGCAGGUUUUACAUGGCUCCCCUGCUUGCAUGCCUACUCUGCCCUGGUACUGCUGUCCCUACUCUGGGACAGUGAACUGGUGGUGGGAGAUGUUGGGAUAGCCAUAGAUGGCUCCAUAGCAUCAGGGUAGGGGUUUGCGUAGCGAAGGCCCAGUCCUGGAGUGUCAGCAGUGACAAUACCCUGGAGACACUACGUGAACACUUUAGACCUGCUGGGUGUGACUUAAAUUCAGCAGGAAAAAGCUGCCUUUCAGUUUUCUUGGGCUGAGGGGGCCUCUUGUGAAGGACCUUGCAGGGGAGGUGGGAGCUUUAGAGCUGAGCUUCGUGCAAGCCUGCUGAGAUGCCUCCCCAGCUAGUUAGAGCAGUACACGGGCUGAUGGCACAGUGUCAGGGUAGAUUUGGGCUCUUGUGGUAGGAGAGACAAGACCUGCAGCGAAGGAGAAUGUUGGCUUGGAAACUUUUCAUAUGAAACCCUAUGGUUUGCUUUAUCCUGUGCACUUGGAAGUGCUUGCUUGGCUCUGAGCUGGACAUGCAGGCUAUGCAAGCUUAAGGGCUGGUGAGCAUGGCCUCUCCACCCAAGACUGAUGUCUGUGCAUUUUACUGUCAGCAAGGUUUUA